UAUUGUGAUAAAAUAGUUAAAUUAUGAUCAAUUAUGUGUGUAGCUAUUUUAGAUAUUAGAUUUUUUUAAAUAAUAUAAAAGAAAAGUAUUUUAAUAAACGUAGGAUAUGAAUUACCCAGAACAGGCGUGGGAAAUCAACGGAAAUCAAACACCUAUGGUAACAACUACUUCAGACAUAACUCCAUAUAUUAGCAAUGAAAUUAAUAACUAUUCUAUGUGGGACAACUCAGUGCUAUAUCCGUCAACACCUAUGUCAAUGCAUUCAAAUCUAAGUGAUCAAGGGCUUUGUAGACAAUCAUGUGUAUUACUACAUCAAAGUCGUUAUAUCAUAAAUGGAAGAGCAUCAAACGUUCUUUCAUCAACCACAAAAAAACCCAGACGUAGAGUAGCCACAAUUUCACAAAGAAGAGCAGCAAAUAUUCGUGAAAGACGUAGAAUGUUUAAUUUAAAUGAAGCAUUUGACAAACUACGAAGAAAAGUUCCAACAUUUGCUUAUGAAAAACGACUAUCCAGGAUUGAAACAUUAAGGCUAGCUAUAACUUAUAUUGCAUUCAUGAGUGAGUUAUUAGGUAUUAAAUUACAAAGCCCGAAACAGGAUUAUACAUCGAAGGAAUAUUAUUUGAAAAACAGUUAAAAGAUAUGAACAGUUUCAUUACGCUUCCAGUGCAAAAUUUAUUGAUAAAUUCAUUAUUAUUAUCAAAACGCUAUUUCAAUAAUAUUAUUUUUAAUGCAGAAAAAUCUCAUACGUGUAAGUUAGGCAAUUUAUUGUAUGGCAUAUUACUAAAUCAAUUAUAUACUUUUUCAAAAAGGUAUAGCAGAUACAUUCGUGGAUAAUAUUAACUUAACAAUAUUUUCAUAUUUCAGAUUAUAUUGACGAAAUUAAGCCGUUUUUGGACAUAAGUAAAUUUUCUUUGAAUUAUGAAUAACAUACUUUCAUUACUGUGAAUAAUGUACAAUUGAAAAUAUUUAUUAAAAAAACCAGAAUAUUUUUU